GAAAUGAGUUGCUGAUAGAUUUAGAAAACAACCAGAAGAAAAGGGAUUCAAAGAUAUAUAUAUAUGAAUUGAUCGAAUCUUCCAUUUUCCAUCAGUGUAUUACAUUGCGUUGAGAUCUUUACUGUCUCAAUAUAUAUCAUCAUUUCCAUAGGAUCUUGUGUGCUUUGCUAUGGCAAAUUCCAAGGGGCCAUCUAGCAUGAGGCAUAUGAUGUACAAUGGAAAGAGCUCUUUGCUGCCUCCUAAAAGCCCGUUUCCUAGCACAUCUUCCUCGUAUGUUGAUUAUCUACCUACUUCUGCUGUCACCCAAAAGGGCAUUUCGAAACCCAGAGAUGGUUCACACCAUCAGCGUACUUCUUCUGAAAGCUGUAUUAUAGAGGAACAACCAUCUUGGUUAGAUGAUCUUCUUAACGAGCCGGAAACUCCUGUACGCAGAGGUGGCCACCGCCGUUCAUCUAGUGACUCCUUUACGUAUUGUGAUGCUGCUAAUAUUACAAACUUAGAUUACAUAGCUCAAGAUGAUAAUAAAUUCAGAAACAUAACUCCUGUCGCUUCCUGGGGAUCCCAAGACUUUGAUUAUUACAAAGAUGCUCGGCAUGCCACACUUCAUGUUGAUCAGAAUUCCUCAAACCGACAAAAGAGUAGGGCAAGGGAUGCAUCUCCAAAUGCAAUACCACAUCGCCGUGGUCUCCCCCCUUCUAGGGAAAGUGUCAAGACUCACAGCUUGGGAUCAUCAUGUCCUCCACAAGAACGAGAGAGGCCCAAAUCUGCAGGACGCGACAAGCAGGAUUUUGCUGAAUCUGUCACUCCUGAUCCAAAGGGAUCUGGUGAAACACAGGAUUCUUCUCACAGCAAGAGUUCUGCAUCAGAAAAUGACACGAAACGUGCAAAGCAACAAUUUGCUCAACGUUCACGAGUUAGGAAGCUUCAAUAUAUAUCUGAACUGGAAAGAAAUGCUCAAGCUCUGCAGGCUGAAGGUUCUGAGGUGUCCGCUGAGCUUGAAUUCCUUAACCAGAAGACUCUUAUUCUCAGCAUGGAGAAUAAAGCCCUAAAGCAGCGCUUAGAAAAUUUAUCUCAAGAGCAGCUGAUAAAGCAUUUGGAGCAUGAAGUACUGGAAAGAGAAAGAGGAAGGCUACGAGCAUUGUAUCAGCAACAGCAGCUGCCACAGUCACAGCAGCAACAGCAAUCGUCAUCCAGCCAUCGGCGUACUACUAGUAGGGAUCUUGAUCAACAAUUUGCAGACCUCUCUUUGAAACACAAAGGCCAACUUCACAUGUGACUGUAGCUUGGAUUUUAAUCACAUCUUAGUCCCGACUCUCCCUCAGCUGAUUUUGCCUGGCAAGUGACAAAAAUUGCACGAUUUUAAUUGUGCAUGGCGUGGUAAAAAAGAGCUCAUUUCGUCCUUGUGCUCUCUCUCAACAGCUUUGCCGCCUCCACCGUCCGCCAGUGAUUCUAAUUUCUUACAUAGUAUGUAUCCCCUCAACUUUAUUUGUUAAGCAUAGUGGUCUUUUUAUGUGCACCUGGUGGUCUGUGCUAGGGAGUAGCAUUUGUGGCAGUUGACUCGCCUGAGGUGGCUAAUUCCGGCAUGAUUUCUCCUUUGUAUGUUUAAACUCAUCAGUUUUGCAUCAGCUUUCGUUGUUGUAAAAUUUCCCAGCUAUUGGUUCCACCAUUUUUACCUUCUCAGGUAAUUCAUGAACAUUGACUUGUAAGCAUUAACAGUGGAGCUCCAUCAACUCAUUAUGUCCUUUCUUCUUUAGGCUAUGAAACCAUUUUGUUUCUGCAA